UCCGUACCCGCAGUCCCGGAUGCCAUCGUUUUGGCUUAGCGGAAGCGGCCGUUUCCAUGGUUGCACAAAGACGCCUCUAAGGAAAACGAAGAAUUUGACUGCACAUACGGACAAGUCAGAGAAGAUCACCAUGGCCAUAAAAGAGGUUGAGACCUUCCUGCUGGAAGCUCUUUAUAAACAGUCCGAGUCACUAAAUCUCAGUCAUCGCCAGCUGCUGGUUCUACCUCCAUUUAUCUCUCAAAUGAUCGACUUGAGAAGAUUAUAUGUGAAUGACAAUCAACUUGUUUUACCGCCUACAGAGGUGUUGUCCCUGAAAAACCUGGAAGAGCUAAUUCUCGAUCAGAACCAGCUGACUUUGUUGCCUAGUGGCAUUGGCUGUCUCAGUCGCCUAACGUAUUUGAGCGUCAGCCAUAAUCCUCUUUGUGUUCUUCCAGAAGAAAUUGGAGAGUUAGGGGAACUGCGAGAGCUGUGGGCUGUUAACUGCCAUCUCAUCUCAUUACCCUCGUCAAUCUGCAAUCUGCAAAAGCUCCAGAAGCUUGGGGUGCGUAAAAACCGGAUUGCUAAACUGCCAAGUGAAUGUGUGCACCUUUCGCAGCUGCAGUGGUUAAAUCUGGCUGAUAAUGAACUGCGGGAACUCCCAGAUGAAUUCCUGAAACUCCACGCUUUGGCAUACAUCAACCUGGAUGGAAACAAAUUUGAACAAGUUCCAGCAUCCAUAUCAGAUAUGGAAAGUCUUCUGGUGCUCAGCAUGCAGUACAAUUUAAUUCGUUCACUGCCAGAUGACAGAAUCAUCGGUUUAACAGGCCUGACUAAAUUAGAUCUAAGAAGAAACCCUUUAACCGUCAGACCUGAUCACUGGAAGGGCCUGGAGUUCAUAUUACUGGGAGAAACUUUGGAUCCGGUGAUUUGUGGUGAUACACCUAGAAGAUAAUUUUAUGAUGAGGAAGACAACUCAGAGGAGAAAGGGAAUAUCUAGAAAAAUAUAAAGACUACACUAUACUUGAUCAAUCUGAAGUGUAUUGUGAACCAUUUUAACAUCCUCUAAAGACAAAAACCAAAUAUAAAAUGUGAAGAAAGGACGCUGAAUGCCUCGCUACUCUUACAGCGCUGUUCAUAAUUGGUAAAUGACGUUACAAUUUCAUGCUGAUGGAGUCUACUAUGGUGUAUGCCUAAUGUUAAUGAAACAAAUGCAUAUUUUCGUUGGGUCAGUGUGAUAAACUAUAGGUACAAUACUAUCUAAUAUUAAAAAAUAACUAUAUUGUAGUUUUUAUUACACAUACAUACAUCCAAUUUUGGUUGUAUACUUAUUGUGCAGUAUAAAUAUGUUUACAGUUUUGCAGGUUUCAUAUCAGCGUGGCCUAUUUGACUAUUUAGAAUUUAAGCCCCAUAAUAGAAGACACUCUUUUCUUUUUCAAAUUUUCUCAUCAGUUCAAAUGCUUAGACACGCUGAUGUACUCUGAUUUCAUCCAGUGGUCUACAGCUAAUCUCAGUUCCUUUUGGAUACACAGUGAUGCAUUUUCAUUAUUUUCACAAUUGAAUUACAGUUGGGACUAUGAGAUGGCUGUAAAUGGAUCAAGCAAGCCUCCUGCCAAAUUGAGGCGUACUGUUGAGAUGCAUGCACUGAACCAGCAGCUGGGCACCAGAAAACUCACACCGACUGCUCCAGUAUCCGUCAAUAAGGGGCGCGCACAUAAAGGCGACCAUCCUGUGCAGAUGUGAGUUGUUUACACACCCAGCACACUCCCCCUCAAUGUCAAUACAAAGCUUGGGGAUUGAAUUGGGAUGUAGGGGUUUAGCAAAGGGGUUGAUGGGUAGCUGACUGCUAGUUGUUUUUUUGGUUGCUGGCAAGUAGAUAUCAUCUCACAAUUCUACAUAAAGCAACUAACAAAAGACAUAUUAUUCAAGAUUAAGAGGAAAUCAAUGAUGUGUACAUUUUUUGAAGGGCUGUUAAUUAGAAAAGAUACUUUUAUUUCCUUUGUAUACCCUGCUUACUCCAUUGAACAAAUACAAACCCCGGGGGCCACCUCAAAAAUGUGAAUUUCUUUUUAGAAUCUUUACACUUGAGAAAAGGUGGCGGGUUUAAUCAGCAAAGUGUUUCAAAAUGUAAAAAGUCUGUCCGAUUCCAAUGAGAUCACAUACAUGGAACUCGGGUAACUCGUAUGUGGCCCACAGCCCUAAAUCUUUGUGAUUAUGGAAGCUACGGAUACAGCAUAAAACUGUGCUUUCUAGAAACAGAAUUAUGGAAAAAAUAUUUUAUUGUAAAAUGUAUAUUUUGUUAUUUAUUAUUUAUUAGCAAAUAAAAAUGAUUUGCUUAAUCUUGUCUACACUACUUGCAUCUACUGCCAUAAGAAUUCUGUAUGGAACUCUGUAAUAAAAUAAAUCAAACUAUGAACAUCAAA